UGCCAUCGAAAACAAUUGCAUCUUUGACACCACUAGUAUUUACGCAUAUCAAGCGUAAAAACUCAAUUAACAAUUGAUUAAGCCCCAAAUUAACAGUGAGACUAUGUUUAUUCACACGCGGACGAUGGCAAAAUGCUAAGUGCAGUGCCUUCAGCGCCAGGGCGGCAGCCAGUGACGUCACACCAGUAGAUAGCAACAGCAGCAGCAGCAACAACAACAAAAGGCAGUGGGGCGCCGCAGCAACAAAAGGGAAUCAAUAACAAAAAAAAAACAAAAGCGUAAUUUCGUGGACAAUUUGCAUACGAAUUGGGUGGUUAGGUAAGAGCGAUAGGAUAGCCAUCACGAAUCGCACAAACCACAGGCCAGAAAUCGGAAGUCACGAGAUGAGUAAGCUGGAAACGGAUUCGGACAGUUCAGAGGAGUUCUUCGACGCCGAGGACACUACGCCCAAUCGCCAUUCGACUUUGUGUCGAAAACUGCCGCCCGAGGUGGCCCAGGAGUUCAUCUUUCCCGAUCCCGCCGUGCGUGUGACUGCGGCCGCCUCCUCCGACAGCGAUGCUACGCCCAUUGGCGCUGGAACGCCCGCCACCCGGAGUCCCACCAACAGCCUGGGUGCCCGGCUGAAGCAGCAGGAUGCGGGGGUCUUCGUCGAGCCCAAACCCGUGCUCGGAUCUUUGGGUAGACAGCGAUUUCACGAACUACGUCAGUGCAUGCAAAACGAUGAGGAUGAUAAUCCAGGAAAUACACUCACACCUGAUUCUCAGAACAGCUCAACGGAUGGCAUUUUCACCAACCGUUCGACGCAUCCGUUUAAGGUCAUUGAGACCGAUGCGAUGAGCAUACAGAGCAUGACAUCACUGGGUCGCGUGGGCAGAAUCUUGGCGGGCAGCAUUGAUCCAUCGGCUAUCAGCAUAGAUCGCGAGUCGCUGGCCUCGCUAAAUGCGCAACAGCAGAAGCAGCAGGCGCAGCAGUCACAGCAGACGUUGCCCGCAUCCUCCACCAACUCCACCACUCCGCCGAGCACUGGAAACACCUCCUCUGGGAUGAGCACGCCCAGGGUUUCGCCCAAGCAUCAGGCAAGUGGUCAGGAGGCAGCGGCCCCCACGACAGGGAUUCCUCCUAGCGCAGCCUCCUCCCUGCAAUCCUCAACUACUGGCGCCAUAAUGCUGCAGGAACCGGAUGUGAUAGCGAGCACAAAGCUUGCCCAGUCGAAAACCACAGAUUCCAUCACCUCGUCUGGACCUGUGGCGCCGCCGCGAAGAAAGAAGAAGUCUCGGAAUUGCUCCAUCAGUUCCUCGGAUCAGUACAGUUUGCCGCCGGCGGACAACGAAGACACCGAUAGUGAUACCCGAUCUGUGAAGAGUGUGCAGGGUCUUCAGCAAAAGUUGCGGGAGUUUGAGAGCUCCCUCAAUGAUGCAACCACUUCAGCCUCCAAUAAUACACUGACCUGCUCUUCCACCAACACAAUCGUCUCGGCUUCGGCCUCGACCACGGCGGCAUCCUCGUCCAUGCCUUCGACAAGUGCAAUUCACAUGCGUCCCAUGGCCGCGGUCAUGAUUGCUGGUCCCAAACCCACGCAAUCUCUGGGCAGCAGUUCGACAUCGGUUCACUCAAAACCAAGUCCAUCGAACUCGGCAAAAAGCAACUCGGCUCCAGGAAGGGUUAGUUCCAUCGAUCCCAAUCAGGGUUUGAACCUGUUCAAGGCCAUUCAGGGAGGUUAUGUGGUCAAGCCACGCGAUGAGGCUAGCAACAAGGCACAGGGUCCGUCCCAAGAUGAAAUCGAGCGCAUCGAGAAAAUGCUCAUGGAGAGUGCGAACAGGCCAAAACUGGCGGGAACUGGAUCCAACAGCUUGGGCAGCUCCACACGAUAUCCCGGAUUCUAUCGUGGCGUCAACGACAAGGAGCGCCGCAAGUCCGCCGGCGACGAGGAUGUGCUCAAGCAGAUGAACAUCUACGUGCGCACGCGAACCAGCUCAGGCAAGCAGCUAACCGACUUUGAGAUCCUUGAACAAGUUCCUGUUAAAAAUUUAGACACGGGCGAGAAUAUGCCGCUCUCCGAAAUGCGUUCACCACCAGUGCCUGAGGGAUGGAAUCCGCUCUCGCUGCACAUCCUAAAGCUGACCUCCCAUCUGGAGGUGAUCCAGAAGGAGUCCGACGAGGAGAGUGUGAUUGGCAUUCCGCCAAGCAUCGAGGGCCAGCAGCCCGACGAGGAGGAGCUGGAGGCGGAGGAUGGCAGUCGGCUGAAAAAGAAGACAGCGCGAAUUAAACGCUUCUUUGGCACCACCAUGCGGAAGACGGUGGACAAGGCCAAGUCGAUUGCAUCCGAGGUGUCGCAUGCGCGGCACAAGGAGGAUGUGGCCGACAUUGUUGAUGCCAUGAAUCCCGAGCAGAACAUCAAAAUCAAGGCCUCGUCGUCCAACAAGGGCCCGUACGAGUUCACCAAACUGCAGCAUGUCCAAGACUUGAGUGGCGAAGACACCAGUGCUGUGUGGUGCAUGAAGUUCAGCUCGUGCGGACGACUGUUGGCCACUGCUGGGCAGGACAAGGUGUUGAGGAUUUGGGUACUUAAGGAUGCCUAUCCGUUUUUCCAGGACAUGCGCAAUAAAUACAACGCUGACCAAAAAUCCUCGCCCACGCCCUCGCAAGAGUCGCUCGUCUCGCAGCAUUCGGCAGAAGAGGCCAUUGCCAUGGCCACCGCCGCGGAGAAGUGUACGGGCCCCUUCAUGCCCAAGCCCUUCUGCACCUACAAUGGACACACCUCCGACCUGCUGGACGUCAGCUGGUCAAAGAAUUACUUCAUACUGUCGAGCAGCAUGGACAAGACUGUGCGGCUCUGGCACAUUUCCAGAAAGGAGUGCCUUUGCUGUUUUCAGCACAUCGAUUUUGUCACCGCUAUUGCGUUCCAUCCACGCGAUGAUCGCUACUUUCUGAGUGGCAGUCUCGAUGGCAAGCUAAGGUUGUGGAAUAUACCGGACAAGAAGGUGGCCCUCUGGAAUGAGGUGGAUGGCCAGGCGAAGCUUAUAACGGCUGCCAACUUCUGCCAAAACGGACAGUUCGCUGUGGUGGGAACAUACGACGGCCGUUGCAUAUUUUAUAACACGGAUCAGCUGAAGUACCACACGCAGAUUCAUGUGCGCUCCACCAGGGGUAAGAAUCGCAUUGGCCGCAAGAUCAGUGGCAUUGAACCGAUGCCCGGGGAGGACAAGAUCCUGGUCACCUCCAACGACAGCCGAGUCCGCCUGUACGAUUUGCGGGACCUCAACUUGUCCUGCAAAUACAAGGGCUACUUGAAUGUGUCCUCGCAAAUCAAGGGGUCGUUCAGCAACGACGGAAAGUAUAUAAUUGCUGGAUCGGAGAAUCAAUGCAUCUAUAUUUGGAAAACCAACCACGACUACUCGAAACUCAGCUCGGUUCGGCGCGAUCGCAGCGACUUCUGGGAAGGCAUUAAGGCCCACAACGCAGCGGUCAAUUGUGCCAUAUUCGCGCCACACCCUGAGGCUAUCAUCAAGCCCGAACCGGAUGAAAUCUCGAAUGAGAAGUUGGCCCACAAUCAGCCGGAUCCUCUGGUCGAGCAGCACAAAAAGGGAUGUGGCUAUGUGUUGGUCAGCGCCGACUUCAAUGGCGCCAUCAAGGUCUUCAUCAACAAAACGAAGCCGAAACACAGCAGCCUGCCCUACACGGCCAUUGCGGAUUAGUCUUUAGCCAGAGGUUGGGAAUAAUAGAGGAGUAAAAGUAAAAUAUUAUUUUAUUUUUGUAUUCGUGACAUUUUGUAUCGUUAGUAACUAGCGCCAUCGCUUAUUUAUAUGCUUAAUCCGUAAUUACUAAUUUCUGUCUGUCCCCCGCACCCACUUUAUUCCCAUUGUAAAAGUUGUUAACAAUUGCUGCUGGCGCGAACUGUUUAAUCUUACGCAAAAUAUGUUAUGUAUUUUUAACGCUGAGUGUGUGAAUAUGUGUAUAGGUAUUUGUUUAACAAAUUGAUUAUUUCGAAAGUCAAUUGUAUAUUGUUAUGCCCUUGUAAGUUACACUUUGACUGUACAGAAGCUUUGUUUUUGAUAUUCUUGAUUAUGAUUAAAUCUGUCCGUGGACACCACUCUGACUUUAACUAGAUUAAAAACGAACUACUGGCCAACCUGCAAGGGUACGAAUGACUCGGAGCGCCGAAUCGAAGAUAAGUUAUUUUAAAAGUCUACAAACCUAACCUAACCAACCUAUUAUAAUUAACUUUUAACAACAUAUAUUUUGUGUAAAGUAAAGUGUGCAAACAGGACAUAAACUGUAACUUAAAUUCCGCUAA